UUAAUUUCCUUCCUUUUUUCCCACUCUCCCCACUAGCCGCAGUAGCUCCAGAACUCCGGUUGUUUCUUUCCCACAUACCUUUCAUUCAUGGGCUCCCCCCUUCUCUCCAGCCUCUCCGAAGCCCAACAAAAUCUUUUUCCCUUUCCGUUUCUUUCUCCACCUGUCUCGCCGUAUUCCCUCGCGUCCGUUCACAGAAUUCUUCGCCGCACGCCACACUCCCGCUGUCUUCUGGGUUACUUGACAACGAUAGCACUAAACAAAAGAGACAGCUUUCUCCCUUGAAGAAAAAGCUUGAAGCUUUAUAUUAUUUAUCCCUUCAACUCGCAUUAGCCUGAAACCCCACAAAAGAGUCCUCUUUUCUUCCAGCUGAGGAGGACUCUCUAUACAGUCUUCAAUUUUACCAGAAGGCCACCUGGUUGGUUUCUAAGGAAAGGGUGGGCAGUUUUAUUUUUGAAUGUGGAUUCCGUUGCCAAGGUUUGGCGGCUGUUGGGGCAAUCUCCAUUGUUAGUUGAGAGAUGGCUGUGAGUAGUAGUGUUAGUUUUGUGGAAUGGGAAGAACACAUUAUUUGCCAUGAGCGUGGGAACCGAGUGGUUCACUAUUACUUGAAGAAUGCUUUGGGGCAGACUAUGUUAGCUGUUAUAGGGACUGAGAGGAGCCUGAGGCAUAUGAUAUACGUUGUUUCUGAUGGAUUCUUGGUUGCCUGUGGGUCUGAUUUAGGCGUCAGUGCCUCCACAAAAUGGAGGGUGAGACGAGAAGUUGUCGACUGGCUUACCGCCAUAGUGGCCAGGGAUCGAGGUGGUGCAGGUUUUCAUAUAAAGGACUCCACCGACAGCUUGGGAUCUUUCGAGGCAGCUACCGGAUUGGCUCCAUUCAAUACUUAUUUGCCAGAACAUGUGGCUCAGAGAAAACCGAAGGUCGAAAAAGCAAGCAUUGAUUGGUCCGGUGUUGCUUCUAUCUGUGCUAAACAGCUGAAGCAUUACCCAUUAUUGACAAGGAACGGCACUGCCAUACCGGUGCAUUCGUUCGUGUUUGUCUUGGCUGAAGAGGAACAUCACUACCUUGGCUACUUAGAAGAUAUGUACGAGGACAAGAAAGGCAAGAAAAAGGUGAAGCUUCGUUGGUUCUACCGCAGCCAGGAAAUCAACACUCUGAUUCCGCAGCUGAACCCUCAUCCUAGAGAAGUCGUCAUAACGUCUCACGUCCAGGUUAUCAGCGCAGAGUGUAUUGACAGCUCAGCGACUGUCUUGACACCUUGGCACUACGAGAAAUAUGUUGCAGUUGCUGACCUCAGUUCGCCAUCAUCAUCGCCAGCUGUCCAUAUGUGCUUUCGCCAGCUCAAGAACAACAAGCUCAAGCCAUUCGCUCUUACGAAACUGAAUGGAUACUCCAAGCAAUCCGUCGUUGCCUCUCUUGGUGAGUGCAAUGAUCAAUUAGCUUAUGAAGAUGUUAUUCGUGUACGAGCGAAUGACAAGAGAAAGAGUACAUCGUCCAAUGUUGCCAUAGGGAUCCAUCAGCCGAUAGAGAUUAAGGCUAUGUUUCCUAAGCUUAAGUUCCGCCUAUCGAGGAGAACUACAAACGGCAGGGAUUUUGUCGCGCCUCAGUUGCCAUCUCCUGUGAUGUUCAAGGUGGGUGACGAGAUAGAGUUGCUGUGUGAAGACAGUGGCAUUAGGGGAUGUUGGUUUCGGUGCAAGGUCCUGGAGGCUUCCAAGAAGCGUCUGAAAGUUCAGUACCUCGAUGUGUUGGAUGUGGAAACCGAUAUCAAUCUAGAGGAAUGGGUCCCUGCUAAUAAAGUGGCUGCUCCGGAUAAGUUGGGUAUAAGACAUGUUGGCCGCCAAAGAGUUCGCCCGCCGCCUCCUGAUGAUCUCAGGAACUGUACUUUUGAGGUUGGAGUGCCAAUUGAUGCAUGGUGGAGUGACGGCUGGUGGGAAGGUGUUGUUUCUGCAGCUGGAAAAGACCGUUUGCAAGUUUACUUGCCUGGUGAAGGCAAGUCGCUGAGUGUUGGUCAGAAGCAUGUCAGGAUCUCCAGGGACUGGGUUGAGAACAGAUGGGUUAACGUGAAGCCAAAGACAGAUAUACUGGAUUAUCUAUCUUUGAAUAUGGGCUGCAACAGUAAACCUGGCACUUCCGGCUGUGGUAGUGAUGCUCGAUAUUCGGACCAGAAGGUUGUUCCAGUAUCCAGUGAGCAAGAGGAAGAAAGAUUCCCGAGUUCUUCACUCCUGUCGAAUGAGAUGCAAAAUCUGGAGGUGAUUAGUGUGAGUAAGGAUGGAGUGGACAGCAAUUAGGAUAACAUCGUAAGUAAAGCUGCCUUGAAAUUGCAGAAAUUUUGAGGUGGACGUUUGUGGUGCCCCGGUUGCUGCAUAUAAGAGCAGAGCAUGUUGCACUGUCGUAAGGCAUUCUGAGAUCAACAUAUAGUGUUUAGUGUUAACCUGUGAUUAAGUAGCCGAAAGUUUAAAACUUAGCUGUGGUAGCUGUUUCCCAAUCAUCCUCAAACUAGCCUUAAGUUUUUUGAUGUACCAAAAUAACAGUUUGGUUCUAUACAGGUUUAACUUGUGCAAAAGCUCAGGUUCUGACUGUGAAGCUGCUGGGAUUUCAGUACUUUCUCCAUUGUGAAAGAAAUAGAAGAUCAGUUCUUUCUGC